AUGGCCGCAGAGAAGGGAGAAGUUCAAGAAUAUCUUAAUCUCUUAAUGCAAUAACCAGGAGCUAUCGGCUAUGUUAUAAUAAAUUAUGAUGGCAUCCCAGUAAGAUCAUACCCAGAAGAUAAAAUUCCAGCAGUUCAGUACGCUGCUUUGGUUGCAGACUUAGUUAUGAAGACAAAGUAGACCUUGAAGUAGUUGAAUCAAGGAGACUCUGAUUUCGUAUAUCUGAGAAUGAGGACUAAGCAAGACACAGAGAUGAUUAUUACUGACUAUAUCACACCUGGCAGUGGAAAUGAAUACAUACUAGUUUGUCUUCAAAGCUGCAGAUUUGGGAAAGAGGAAGAAGAAGUCGAAAAGGUAUGA